AAGAGAGACCAGACUCUCACUCUGACAUCAGGAAGAGUCCUUCAGGGGAACCAGACCCAGAGACGCCCAAACCAGCAAGACCACACCACUGCUCCCAGGGGUGUCCCGUUGGGACAUAG